UCCGGCAUGUGAGUUCUUAUUUGAAUUGACAUUUUGUUAUCUCUAUUAUACGUAAUCAAGCUAAUCAUUAGUAUAAUCGGUGAUAAUAUAUUAGCGAGGAAAACAGUUAAUCGUGAGUGUUUGGAUUUUUAACAGAUAACAAAAUCGUAGUGUCGUUCGAUCGAGUGUAAAGUAUUACAGCGAAGCUUCUUUGACUUUAUAAUAAGUGGUGCAUAAAGCUAAGAAUUUGCAAGCAUGGCCGCUACUCAAAAAUCACAAACAAACGACGGAGGAGAACUUGGCAACAGUGAUUUACAGUUACUCCUGCGGUCGAAGCUCGGAAAACAAGUCGUACUGCACUCGACAACGUCGGCGCUCUUACCGCCCGGUGAAAAUUUUGCUUGUUGCCUCUCCAAAGUAACUGCUACCGUGAAACGCGACGAAAAUACUCCUGGAGAAACCUUAAAUUUAGUUGCCAAAUGGUUUCCUCAAGCCGAGAUUAUCAGGGCAGUUUUUGACUUUACCAAACUCUUUGAAAAAGAAAUUUUCUUCUAUGAAAAAUUAGUACCGACUUUCAAGGAACUCGAGAUUGAGUUUAGCGCUGAAACUGGGUUUUGCGAUUUUGCGCCAAAACUGUAUGGCUUUAGAUUGUCUGACGAUGCAGGGUCCAAAAAUAUCGACGAGGGCGUCAUUAUUUUGAUGGAAAACUUGCAAACUCUUGGUUAUUAUACUCUGGAUAAAAUUGAAGGAUCGGACUUGCAGCACUCGAGAGUAGCAAUAAAGGCGCUUGCACGUUUUCAUGCACUCGGCAUUGCUUGUAAACAGCAUCGGCCCAAAUUCUUUCAAGAUGAAGUAUUGGCCCAUACUAAGGUAGUGCCGUUCAAUCAGGACGUUGGCAAUAAGGGCAACAUCUUUGAGGUGUUAAGCAAAAUGAUGUUUAAAGAUUCUCGAAUCGCCAAGUACCACGAUCGUAUUCUAAAAUUCGUCAAUCCAAGCGUGAUCUUUGAUUACGUGGCUCCAGAACCCUGGCUGUCGAUCGCACAUCUAGAUUUUUGGACAAACAACGUGUUGUAUCGCAAAGACGAGGCUGGUAAUUUGAUCGACGUCAAGUUCCUCGAUUUUCAAAAUUACAUUUACAACAGUCCACUUAGAGAUUUACCUUAUUUCCUGUGCACGAGCACCAGCCACGAAGUCAUGACCAACAACUUUGAAGAGCUGCUCGAUUUGUAUUAUGAAACCUUCAUUGACGCUCUGAAGAAAAUGCAUUGUGACGUCAGUCUAUUAACGAGAGAGUCAUUCGACAAACAGCUUAAGAUUGAUGCGUCGAUCGAGUUCUUUCAUAAUAUUUUAGCUAUUAAAUUUUUUAGUGCUGAGAUAGAUAAAGAUACGUACGAUCCGGCAGAUCUUGAAUCGGUUAUCAUAUAUAGCGAUAUUAAUACGCUUGGUUAUAAUAAAUGGUAUGACAUUAUAUUGACUUAUAUUGAACGUGGUUGGUUGUAGGGUACUAGG